UCUGAGUCUAGCUUGGCUCAGCAGUAAUGGCUGACCGAGCGAGGAAGAACUAGAGAGUGUGGCAAAAAAUCCUUUUCCAUCGACCGAUAUCUUAUACUUUUAAGGCUUAAAACACAAAAUUAUUGCUUCUUAAUCUCAUCUAGCUUUGCUUGCACUAUGAGUGGUAUUUACGACCACGAUGAUGAUGCAGGUUAUGGAGAGGAUGAAGGUGAAGAUAUCACGCCAGAUUUGUGGCAGGAAGCAUGCUGGAUUGUCAUUAGUUCGUACUUCGAUGAAAAGGGUCUUGUCAGACAACAACUGGAUUCGUUCGAUGAGUUUAUUCAGAUGUCAGUGCAAAGAAUUGUGGAAGAUUCACCAGAGAUUGAGUUACAGGCUGAAUCACAGCACAUGACUGCAGAAACUGAGACUCCUGCCAAAUAUGUCCUUAAGUUUGAGCAAAUCUACUUGUCUAAACCAACCCACUGGGAAAAAGAUGGAGCUCCAAGCCCUAUGAUGCCCAAUGAAGCCAGACUACGAAACUUAACUUAUUCAGCUCCCUUUUAUGUUGACAUCACAAAAACUCGAAUAAAAGAAAACGAAGAACCACAGACAGUUACACACAGUAAAAUGUUCAUUGGAAAGAUCCCAAUCAUGUUGAGAUCAACAUACUGUCUCCUCAGUAAUCUCAAUGAUCGUGACUUAACAGAACUCAAUGAAUGCCCAUUAGAUCCUGGAGGAUACUUCAUCAUUAAUGGCUCCGAAAAAGUCCUUAUUGCGCAGGAGAAAAUGGCUACCAAUACAGUAUAUGUAUUCUCAAAGAAAGAUUCCAAAUAUUCUUAUACUGCAGAGAUUCGAUCUUGUCUAGAGCAUUCAUCUCGUCCAACUAGCUCAAUGUGGGUGUCGAUGUUGGCUAAAGGAAGUCAAGGUGGACGGCGAAGUGCUAUUGGUCAGAGGAUUGUUGGAUCUCUGCCCUACAUCAGACAGGAGAUUCCUAUCAUGAUUAUUUUCAGAGCUCUGGGGUUUGUUGCUGAUCGUGAUAUUUUGGAGCAUAUUAUUUAUGACUUUGAUGAUCAAGAGAUGAUGGAAAUGGUAAAACCAUCCCUAGAUGAAGCCUUUGUCAUCCAAGAACAAAAUGUUGCCUUGAACUUCAUUGGUUCUCGUGGUGCACGACCAGGAGUAACCAAGGAGAAGCGUAUUAAAUAUACAAAGGAAAUUCUACAGAAGGAAAUGUUGCCCCAUGUUGGUGUUAGCGAUUUCUGUGAGACCAAAAAGGCAUACUUCUUAGGGUAUAUGGUUCACAGACUGUUAUUGGCAGCUUUAGGAAGACGAGAACUUGAUGAUCGUGAUCACUAUGGCAACAAGAGAUUAGAUCUUGCUGGACCACUGCUUGCUUUCUUGUUUAGAGGGUUAUUCAGAAACCUCAUGAAAGAAGUGCGUAUGUAUGCACAAAAAUUUAUUGACAGAGGCAAGGAUUUUAAUAUUGAACUUGCGCUGAAGCCAAAAGUAAUAACAGAUGGUCUUCGUUACUCCCUUGCUACGGGUAACUGGGGAGACCAGAAGAAAGCCCACUCUUCACGUGCUGGAGUAUCUCAAGUAUUGAACAGGCUAACAUUUGCAUCAACACUCUCACAUUUACGACGUCUCAAUUCUCCAAUUGGGAGAGAGGGGAAAUUGGCCAAGCCACGUCAGUUACAUAAUACACAUUGGGGUAUGAUCUGCCCUGCCGAGACUCCUGAAGGUCAUGCCGUAGGGCUCGUAAAAAAUUUGGCUCUUAUGGCUUACAUCUCUGUGGGCUCCCAGCCAAGUCCAAUCUUAGAAUUCAUGGAAGAAUGGACCAUGGAGAACUUGGAAGAAAUCACUCCUUCUGCUAUUAACAAUGCUACCAAGAUCUUUGUGAAUGGAUGUUGGGUUGGUAUCCAUAGAGAUCCUGACCAACUCAUGAGUACACUCAGAAAACUGAGACGACGUAUGGACAUCAUUGUAUCUGAGGUGUCUAUGGUAAGAGAUUUCAGAGAAAGAGAAAUAAGAAUCUAUUCUGAUGCAGGCCGCAUCUGUCGCCCCUUGCUGAUUGUGGAGAACCAAAAGCUAUUAUUAAAGAAGAAUCAUAUUGAUAUGUUAAAAGAAAGAGAAUACAAUGACUACAGUUGGCAAGAUCUUGUUGCUGGAGGUAUUGUAGAGUACAUUGAUGUCAAUGAGGAAGAAACUGUCAUGGUUGCUAUGACGCCAGAUGAGCUGGUCGAGAAAGGCCAAGCAUAUUGUUCUACAUAUACUCACUGUGAGAUCCACCCAUCGAUGAUUCUGGGUGUCUGCGCAUCUAUUAUACCAUUCCCUGAUCAUAACCAGUCACCUCGUAACACUUACCAGUCCGCUAUGGGUAAACAAGCCAUGGGUGUGUACAUUACAAAUUACCAUGUACGUAUGGACACGCUGGCACAUGUGCUUUACUACCCUCAAAAACCACUUGUCACCACCCGAUCCAUGGAAUACCUGAGGUUCAGAGAACUGCCAGCAGGAAUCAAUGCUAUUGUAGCUAUUGCAUCCUACACUGGUUAUAAUCAAGAAGAUUCUGUCAUCAUGAAUGCUUCAGCCAUUGAUCGAGGCCUCUACAGGUCUGUUUUCUACCGAUCAUAUCGUGAUCAAGAAUCAAAAAAAGGUCUUGAUCAAGAGGAAACAUUUGAGAAACCUACAAGAGACCAAGUAUCAGGGAUGAGAAAUGCUGUCUAUGACAAGCUGGAUGAAGAUGGUCUCAUUGCUCCCGGUAUACGUGUCAGUGGUGACGAUGUCAUUGUUGGGAAGACCAGUACCCUCCCUGAUAAUGAUGAUGAGUUGGAAGGAACAGCAAGAAAGUAUAGCAAGAAAGAUGCAAGUACCUUCCUCAGACCAAGCGAAACUGGUAUUGUGGACCAGGUGAUGGUUACUAUUAACCAAGAAGGUUAUAAGUUCACUAAAAUCAAGGUCCGAUCUGUACGAGUACCCCAGAUUGGUGACAAGUUUGCUAGUCGGCAUGGACAGAAGGGAACUUGUGGAAUAACCUAUCGACAGGAGGACAUGCCGUUCACGUGUGAAGGGUUAAGCCCUGAUGUUAUCAUCAACCCACAUGCUAUUCCCAGUCGUAUGACAAUUGGUCACUUGAUUGAGUGCCUGCAAGGAAAGGUUUCUGCCAAUAAGGGAGAGAUUGGUGAUGCCACUCCCUUUAAUGAUGCCGUCAAUGUACAGAAGAUCUCUCAACUUCUAAAUGAUUAUGGCUACCACCUUCGAGGGAAUGAGGUUUUAUACAGUGGAUUUACUGGUCGCAAACUCAACACACAAGUGUUUCUUGGACCAACAUACUAUCAGCGUCUCAAACACAUGGUGGACGACAAGAUCCAUUCUAGAGCUCGUGGGCCACUUCAGAUAUUAACCAGGCAGCCUAUGGAAGGCAGAUCACGUGAUGGUGGUCUUCGGUUUGGAGAGAUGGAACGUGAUUGUAUGAUCGCCCAUGGAGCAGCACAAUUCCUAAAUGAACGUCUCUUUGAGGUUUCUGACCCUUACAGCUGUCAUGUAUGUAACCUUUGUGGGCUCAUUGCCAUCGCCAACUUAAGGAAUAACACCUUUGAGUGCCGAGGAUGCAAAAACAAAACACAGAUUUCAAGAAUUCGUUUGCCAUAUGCAGCCAAGUUGUUAUUCCAAGAGCUAAUGUCCAUGAGUAUAGCGCCAAGAAUGAUGGUUUGUGAUCCAGUCAAGUGAGCUACUUUAUUGCUAGAAGAUCUAGAAUAAUUUGUAUCAGUCACCAUUAGACAGUUUCUUUACUGUCAGAUCAAAGCAUUCUUCCCUAAAACCAGUACAUAGAUUCAACCAGUGCUUUAUUUAUCAAUUCUAACACACCUUCAAACAUUUUCAUCAUUUUUGUGCAACCCACAAUAUAUACCGUUAAUCUUGUUUUAAUAAAUUGUGCAACAACAAAACAAA